AUGGUAUAUGGUUUCCCGGGGAGUUUCCGGAUCUAUGAUGUACGAUUAUUGGGAGAGAACUUAGUAAAGAAACACACCAGAUAUAGCAAGAAUGGUUUUGUGCCUCCACAUAACUACGCCUCUUGUAAGGUUUAUUCUAGGAACUCUCAAGGAUGCCUAAUUGUUGUAACGGAUCUCCAAGAUCAAAUGGACCAAGGUUACAUUGAAGCCUACCGAGACAGAGAUUAUAAUAAAGUCAAUAUGGUCAAUAGUGACAACGAAGUGAAUGUCAUAGUUCCUCAGUUCAACGACUUUGAGCCUAUACAGAUUACUUAUGACAGUCGGAAGACUUCUGUGACUCCUCUGGUCAUUAACUUACCAGGCCCAAUUCCCUACCAAUCUGAUAAAGCUUUUCCUUACAAGUACAAUGCUACAAUGAUUGAUAAUGGAAAGGAUGUUCCUCUAUCCUCCAUUGUUAACGUUGUUAAUGUAAGCAGAGUCACAGGGAGUGGACGUAUAUUUGCAAAAAGGACCGAGGAUGUCGCAGCAGGAAAGCAGGCUCAUGUUGAGUUCCCUUUUGAACCGGUUGGCCAAUCCGAUAACAUGAAUCCGAAAAGUGAUGAUGAUGAGGUGUUAAAGCUCAUUAGGAAAAGUGAAUACAAUUUGGUGGAACAAUUACUGCAUACACCUUCCAAGAUAUCUGUGUUAUCUUUGUUGAUAAACUCUGAGACUGACCGUGAAGCUUUGCAGAAAGUCUUAGAACAAGCCUAUGUAUACCAUGAUGUGACGGUCGGACAGUUUGAUGGUAUCGUCGCCAACAUCAUAGCCUGCAACAACUUGAGUUUAAGUAAUGAAGAGCUCUCCGAAGAAGGAAGAAGUCAUAACAUGGCACUAAAUAUCUCAAUCAACUGUAUGAAUGAUUCUUUGUCAAGUGUGUUAGUGGAUACAGGCUCGUCUCUCAAUGGCAUGCCGAAGUCGACACUUUCCAGACUUUCUUUUCAAGGUGCUCCUAUGAGGAGUAGCGGGAUUAUUGUCAAAGCUUUUGAUGGUUCCAGAAAAACAGUCAUUAGAGAAGUUAACCUUCCUAUGACCAUCAUACCUCAUACUUUCCAGAUAAUAUUCCAGGUGAUGGACAUAGAAGUUGCGUAUAGUUGUUUAUUGGGUCGGCCUUGGAUCCAUGAAGUUGGGGCAGUCACUUCCACUCUGCAUCAGAAGCUUAAAAUUGUGAAGAACGGGAAGCUAGGGACAGUCUGUGGGGAGAAAACACUGGUUGUGAGUCACUUAUCAUCUUUCUCUUAUCUUGAACCUGAAGAAGAUGUUGGAACUCAAUUCCAAGCCCUUUCUUUGACUGACAAAGAUGUCAAAAGAGGAGUAUCCAUCUCUUCAUUCAAGGAUGCACAACGGCUAGUCAAUAAUGAAGUUAGUGUCGUCACUGAGGAUAAUGAUUCAACAUGGGAACCCUACUGCGAUGAUCCUGAAUAUGAUCUUGAGGCGGAAGAUGCAUAUGUGCCUUUCUACUUUCCUCAUCAUAGAGAACUUGAAUACAUCCCGGGAUCAGAAGAUGAAGCAGCUGAAGCCAAUGCCAUUGUGGAAGACAAUCCUAAAUAUGUUCCGACCGGCUUCAUAGCUCACGGAGUAAUUCGCCAAAACCAGACCUCUGUUGAUGUUCCGGUUGUUGUUCACAUUUCAAAGUAA